CGAUAUCUCAAAGUCAGCUCUCGUACCCAACAACGACAGUGAAUCACGAAUAUCUUCCCCUUCAGCACAUUACAAGAACGAACCAGACCACCAUGUCUUUCUCCAACACAUCCACAGGCGACAAGCCCGCCGACCCCUACAAGGCGGCCAACGCCGACACCGAGGUGUCGCUGCAGGACAAGGUUACCGACCUCAGCGAUUUCAUCUCGGCGUGCAAGUUCGGCAUGAUGACGACGCGCGAAGCGAGCUCUGGAAAGCUGGUGUCACGGUGCAUGGCGGUGGCGGCUAAGGAGAACGGCGGCAUCGACCUUCUCUUCCACACCAACACCGAGUCCGGCAAGACGGACGAGCUGCAGGCCGACGACCACAUCAACCUGUCGUUCCUGAACGGCAGUGGCGAGUGGGCUUCCGUGUCCGGGACCGCGAGUGUGGAGACGGACCGUGAGCUGGUCAAGAAGCACUACAGCCCGAUCCUGAAGACAUGGCUGGGCGACCUGGGCGACGGCAAGCACGACGGCAGUGAGAACGACCCGCGCAUCGGGGUCAUCCGAGUCAAGACGCUGAGCGCGACAUAUGCGAUCGUGGCCAAGAAUAUACUCUCAAGGGCGGCCGAGGUGGCGCAGGGCGCAGUCACCGGCAAGCCUGCGGCGAUUAACAAGCUGAGGGAGCUGAGCGAGAGCGAGGUCAGCCAGUGGAGAUCUUCUAACUAGAUCGGGGGAAAGGGAAUUCUCAACGUCAUGAAUCAUGAUAUGAUCCGAACUGUAUAGGUGACUACAUCAGCGCAGCAUCGUGAACCUAAUUAGGAAAUGCAAAACAACGUUCAUAAUUACUACUCGUUAUAUGAAU